AUGGAGUCAACAGCAGUCCUCUGCAUCAUCCUCUCCUUCUUCAUCAACACCCACGCCAUCACAGCCUCCCCACCACCUCUCCUCCCCAAACAAGCCCUUCCCACCAAGUCAGGCUACCUCCCAGUCAACCCCACCACUUCCUCUGCAAUAUUCUACACCUUCUAUGAAGCCCAUCGCCCUACUUCUCCUCUUUCCCAAACCCCGCUCCUCAUUUGGCUCCAGGGCGGCCCCGGCUGCUCCUCCAUGAUCGGCAACUUCUUCGAGCUCGGUCCGUGGCGCGUCAAUUUCCACAAACACCCCUCUGAACCCCUCACCCUCCGACCCAACUCUGCUUCCUGGAACCGCAUUUUCGGCUUGGUUUUUCUCGACAAUCCUAUCGGAACUGGGUUUAGCAUCGCUUCCUCACCUGAAGAGAUUCCGGGAAACCAGCUUGCCGUUGCACGUGAUCUGUUCGCUGCAAUCACCAAGUUCAUUGAGCUUGAUCCUGUCUUCAAGUCGAGGCCUGUGUACAUAACCGGUGAGAGCUAUGCAGGUAAGUAUAUUCCGGCAAUUGGGUACUACAUUGUGCAGAGGAAUAUUGAAGCUGAGAGUUCCGGGUCCGAUCGGGUUGUGAAUUUAUCUGGAGUUGCUAUAGGAAAUGGGGAGACAGACCCGGUGAUCCAAGUGGAAACUCAGGCUGCAAAUGCGUAUUAUUCGGGUUUGAUCAAUGAGAGGCAGAGGAAGGAGCUGGAGGAGCUUCAGUUUGAGGCAGUGGAGUUUCUAAAGAAGAAAUGGAGCGAGGCGAAAAUUGCAAGAAGCAGAGUGUUGAAUAGGCUGCAGGACAUGACAGGGUUGCCUACAUUGUAUGAUAUAAGAAGGAAUGCAAGCUACGAGACACAUUUGAUUGGGGAGUUGUUGAGGAAUGAAGAGGUGAGGAAGGCUUUAGGGGUGUCAAAUGAGUCCAGGGUUUUCGAGGAAUGUAGCCAUUUGGUGGGGGAGGUGUUGCAUGAGGAUAUGAUGAAGAGUGUGAAGUACAUGGUGGAGGAGUUGGUGAGGAAGAGCAAGGUGUUGUUGUACCAGGGGCAGUUUGAUAUGAGAUGCGGCGUGGUUGCGAAUGAGGCUUGGGUGAAGAUGAUGAAAUGGGAAGGGAUAGAGAGGUUUAUGUCGGCGGAAAGGAGAGUUUGGAGAUUGGGUGGAGAGGUUGCUGGUUAUGUUCAGAAAUGGGGGAGUUUGAGCUUUGUUUUGGUCUCAGGGGCUGGUCAUCUUGUGCCUGCAGACCAGCCAUUGAGAGCUCAAGCAAUGAUUGAAGACUGGGUUUUAGGUAAAGGUUUAUUUGCCAAUGUGGAAGAAGAUAACCUGUCAUCAGUAUGAACUAAAUGAUAUUGCUUUUACUGCUGUAUUAGAUUUGGGAGAGGAAUCAGGUUUGAGCUGAUCAGCACAUCAAAAUUGGAUAAUAUGAAAGCAAAUAAUCUUGCUUUUACUGUCAUCGAAUCCUCUUCAACAAUGGAUUUUAUAUAUAAUAAUGUAUCAUUCAUUUAGUAGUUGGGAUUGCAGAACAGGACUUGGCCAAUGUUUGAAUACUCUUAAAUUUUAGGGGCACAAUUACAUUAGAGA